AUGGCGGAUGAUGAAGCUGAGGCUGCUUUCUUUCAGGCGCAGGCCUUGAAUGUCGAUUCUCAGACCCCCGCCGAGGAGCAGGAUGGCAAUAACUCAGAUGCAGAUUCCGAUGAAUACGACCCCUCACAAGCAUUGGGCGAUCAGUACACGACAUCCUUUAUUGACGCCAAGGAGCCUGAGAUUGGCAUUCCUGAUGUGACACUGCCCAAUGACACAGAGGAUGCUGUUCCUAACUCCACCGUCGCUGCAGACCUAGAUGCUGCCCAGACCAGCGACUCGCUCGAUCCUACCCCAAACUCCUCACGUGCUGAGUCGUCGACUCCCAUGCCACCAUCUGGCGCUGCGGCGCAGCCCAAGACGAUUGGAGGAUUCGUGGUUGAUGAGGAUGAGGAUGAACAGGGCGAUGCGGACUAUGAGCCGCCGGCUGUACUUGGGGGCGAGGAUUCCAUUGCUAUGCCUGUCACCAUGUCUGAAGACCCCAGCUCAGGAAAUGCAAUUCAAAACACUUCCCCUGAUGUAUCUUCACACCAAGCUGAGCAGGGAUCUGCCAGUGGACAAGCUGUUGCUCAUAGUUCUUAUUCUCCUACUCCUGUUUCUAAUAUUGAUCCUUCUUCUGUUCCUGGUCAAUCGCAUUGGGCUGCGCAAGAUUUGCAAUCCGCAACCAUGCAGAGCAGUACUCUUUCUACAUCUGUACCUGAUUCUCCUGCUUCCAAGGGUCGGCUGGCUCAUGACCGAGUGGGAAUGCUGGAAGACCGGAUUCAAAAGGAUCCCCGAGGUGAUAUCCCUGCAUGGUUGGAGUUAAUCGCAGAGCACAGAAGCCGCAACAGACUAGACAGCGCGCGAGAGACAUAUGACCGUUUCUUGGAAAUCUUCCCCAUGGCGGCUGAUCAAUGGGUGGCGUAUGCCAACAUGGAGUCUGAGCUCAAUGAAUUCUUCCGUUUGGAGCAGAUAUUCAAUCGAACGCUUCUGUCAACCCCCAGUGUCCAGCUCUGGUCUGUCUACCUUGAUUAUAUCCGUCGUCGUAAUCCUUUGACAACAGAUGCCUCUGGUCAGGCAAGGAAGACCAUUUCAUCGGCAUAUGAAAUGGCAAUCCAAUAUGUCGGAAUGGACAAGGAUUCCGGAAACAUCUGGACAGACUAUAUUGAGUUCAUUCGUUCCGGGCCAGGCGUCGUAGGUGGUACUGGAUGGCAGGAUCAACAAAAGAUGGACCUUCUGCGAAAAGCUUACCAGCGAGCUAUCGGUGUGCCGACACAGGCUGUCAAUGCUCUUUGGAAGGAGUAUGAUCAAUUCGAGAUGAAUCUCAACAAACUCACUGGCCGAAAAUUCCUCCAAGAGCAUUCACCAUCCUACAUGACUGCCCGCAGUUCAUUCACUGAAUUACAGAACAUCACACGCGACCUGAUCCGUACCACACUUCCACCACUCCCUCCUGUUCCUGGUUCCGAAGGUGAUGUUGAAUUUGCAGCACAAGCAGAUAUCUGGAAGCGCUGGAUGGCGUGGGAAAAGCAAGAUCCUCUAGUUCUUAAGGAGGAGGACCCUGCCGCUUUCAAGCUCCGCGUGGUCUAUUUCUACAAACAGGCACUUAUGGCACUCACAUUCUUCCCUGAAAUGUGGUUUGAUGCAGCCGAAUUCUGCUUCCAGAAUGAUAUGGAUGAUGAAGGCUCUGAAUUUUUAAAGAAGGGCAUUGAUGCAAACCCAGAGAGUUGUCUGCUAGCAUUCAAACGCGCGGAUCGACUCGAGGUUACCUCAGAGUCUGAACAGGAUUCCACCAAGCGUGCCGCCAAGGUCCGGGAACCAUACGACAAGUUGCUUGAUGCACUUUACGAGCUGAUCAACAAGGCUCGCAACCAGGAAGCCCAGGAUGUUGCACUCAUUGAAGCUAAUUUCGCUCCAUCAAAUGCCGAGGGCCAGCCUCAGAAUGAAGAUGAGGCAGACCCCGAAGCAAAAGAACGAGAAGCGGCGAAGAAGGAACAAAUUGAUGCAGUUCGCAAGGCCCAUUCUGUUCAAAUCAACAUUAUCUCCAAGACCCUCUCCUUUUCAUGGAUUGCGCUGCUGCGCUCUAUGCGGCGCAUUCAGGGCAAGGGAAAGCCUGGAGAACCGGCCGGCUCUCGCCAGAUCUUUGCCGAAGCCCGGAGGCGCGGUCGGAUCACUAGUGAUGUCUACAUUGCUAGUGCUCUAGUGGAGUACCAUUGCUAUAAAGAUCCCGCAGCAACCAAGAUAUUCGAGAGAGGUGCAAAACUCUUCCCAGAUGAUGAGCAUUUUGCGCUCGAGUACUUGAAGCAUCUGCUAGAUAUUAAUGACACCAUCAAUGCUCGAGCUGUGUUUGAAACAACCGUCAGGAAACUGGCAUCGAACCCCGAGAAUGUCCACAAAGCUAAACCCAUCUUCUCUUUCCUUCACGGAUACGAGUCUCGCUAUGGCGAUCUCACACAGGUGAUCAACCUGGAGAACCGCAUGCGCGAAUUAUACCCCGAGGAUCCCGCUUUGGAACAAUUCGCUAAUCGUUACGCUAACACGACCUUUGACCCUACAUCUGUGAAAUUGAUCUUGUCGCCUUCCCAGACCCGACAGAAGACCACCAUGCCAGGAGUUGCCGCGGAAGUUCACGGCUCUCCUAUGGCAAGAUAUAUGGAUACCUCCCUCAAUUCACCCAAGCGACCAUACCCCGCUGAUGACUUUGAUGAUGACUCGAACCGCCCACGAAAGUUUAUUCGCGCUGAGUCUCCAAUGAAGGGUGCACAAGCCCGGCGUCUCGACCAGCCAAAACGCGUGCAACAACUGAACGGUCAGACCAUUUCAUACAGACCUCAAGGUUCUCCAGCUCCUCUGCCUCGUGAAGUGGUGAAUCUAUUGAGCAUCAUGCCUUCAGCGUCUUCCUAUAAUAUUGCCCGCCUUUCUCCUGAGAAAAUGGUCGACCUUCUUCGCCACGUCGAAGUCCCUGCCGACAUCUCCCAAAUACAGAUACCGCAAAAUCCACACGGAUCGGGCACAGCUCAAGCCCCAGGGGGAAUGAACCCCUACUCUGGUAAGAUUACCUUCUAUCCCUCCCAUCGUGGCACUUUUACUCAUACACCAUAA